CAGUGUUAUUGUUGGUUUGUUUUUGUUUUGUUUUUUUUAAAUAAAACCUCUAUAAAACCCAGUAUUUAACGUGCAGUAGGCUAAAUUGUUAAUAACUGCCAGAUAUUGAAAGCUAUUCUGGCCGUUUUAUGGUUAAAUUAAGAUAUUUUGAGGCUUUAAGGGUUAAAAUGUGAAGCGUUAAUGGUGGAACUGUCCGUGGUGCUGAAACUGAACUGUCCAACUCUUUCACUCUAAUUAUGUUAUAACCUUUAACUUCGCAGUUUUAGCGUCAGUGUUAACAGUAAAAGUGUAAAUAAAUGUGAAAAGUUUUCGGCAGCAUAAAAAAAAAAUCCCCCUUCUGUGUGUAUGUGCGUGUCGUGAUGCCUCGCGCUCACAGACAGGAGCUCACAUUUACACGUCUUUGUUACAUUUUUUUCUGUCCCAUCACAUCACUGCUUUACAACCAAUGGAAUGCUCCCGAGCGCACUAAAAUGUCACCGGUGUGACGUCGUUGCUGGCGUAGGGCUGCACUUUGAUGUCGCCUACUAAACGAAUGCGCUGCUAAAUGGACGCAGAAGACGCAGCGCAGACUGUGCGCAACCGCUCAUCUCCUCACACUCAACUGGGGUUUUUUCCCUGCAGGAUUUUCCCUAAACCAGACUUUUUUUUUUACUUGUGAGGAUUUUGCCCUGUUUGUUUUGUGGUUUUUUUUCUUUUUCUUUGCAGGAAUACGUUGUUGAUUGACCAAACUAUUCUUUAUUAUAGGAGACGAGUGAGGAGGACACAGCAUGCUGUCGUCCCUGAAGAUCCUGGUGCUGCUCUCGCUCCUGUGCACACCGACCUCCAGCCUGUGCCUGCGCCUGCACCGCACCUGCGACGACCAGAUGGCCGUGGACGUGGACGAGCCGGGCUACUCCCCCGUGGACGACUGGGGGUCGCUCCUGCAGACCGCGGAGUACCUCGCGUCCUCCUCCUCCUCCUCUUCAGCUGAGUCCAGCCGGGAAAAAAGGACAUCAUCAUCAUCAUCGUCGCCGUCGUCAUUCUUAAACCCCGCAAACUACCGCUUCAUGAGCAGGACCAAGCUCCGAGGGCAGGUGCUCCGCAACAGCAGCAAAGGAGACAGGAGGAGCAGACUGACCCUGUCCUUGGACGUCCCGACCAACAUCAUGAACGUCCUCUUUGACGUAGCCAAGGCCAAAAACCUGCGCGCAAAGGCGGCGGAGAACGCGCGUCUCCUGGCGCAGAUUGGAAGGAGGAAGUGAGGAUGUUCUCGGAAAACUUUGGUGUAAAAAAACCCACACACACACACAGCCACGACCAGAGCAGAACACAGA